AUGGGUACAAAUAGAGAUUCAACUUAUGAUAGACCCAACAAUUAUGGCAACGUUCAACAACAAAACUAUUCUCCUGAUAGAACUCGGAAUUUUGAUCAGCAGCCGCAAGAUUAUCAUCAAAAUGAAUAUUCUGGUUCUCAAGAAUCUGGUUAUAACAAAGAACCACCUAACAAUCAAGAAGAAGUUCAAAUGGGAUCUUCCAACGCAGGGACUUCAACUAUUAAUCAAAAUAGUCCUAGACAACAAACUAAUGUUGGCAAGAAUUAUAAUAAUAUUAAUAAAUACCCUACAAUUGGCACACCUAAAACUAAUUCUGCACCAACUAAAAUGCCUGUGCAAGUUAAGAAAACUAGUACUUCUCAGAAUCCAACCGUUAACAAUAUUCAAGAAAUGAAAAAAAAUAAUUUGAGUAAUUCUGAUACUGACUCUGGUGACGUCUUACCAUCGAAACUGAAUAAUUCUAAUAUUGAGACAAAAAAUGUUCCAGAGGAAGUAUCUAAAAAUAAUAUAAAAAUUAAAAACAAAGGUGAAGUGAAAAAUGUGGUUAAAACCAAAGGUAAAAAUGUACUAAAGCCUAUAACUAAAAGAAAAUUUUUCUUUCAAGCCAAACCAGUUUUGCCUAAUAGGAACAUCUCAAUUGACAAGGAAACAAUAUUUUAUGUAGAU